AAUUCAUAAUGAGACUUUUAGAGAGCUUAAUAAGAAGGUUGAAAAAGCGAUUUCAAAUGUCUCGACAAAAAUCAAGUCAGAGGGUGAUCUCAAAAUUGCCCUGGAACGGCUUAAAUCUGCAAGAGAGUCAGCGGAUGUCACUGAAGUCACUCAGCUGUAUGCAAGUGCUCGUAAGACCAAGGCUUCUAUAGCUAGGGAGAUGGGGCUAGAAGAAGUUGCGCAAACUAUACUGGACGGAAAAACCGUCAGUUUGGAGCGAUAUAUCGAGCUGAAAAACCUGAAAAUUGUUGAAGAACAUGUUGCGAACGCCAUGGCUGAUAUACUAAAUAGAAUGCAGGAGACACAAGAUGCAAUCAAAAGAAUUACAAAAAUGGAAACGAACGUAUUUCUCUCCGUCUGCUCUGAGCUAUCUAAUAAGGCCAAGAAAUGGACAGAAAAUGAUAAAUCUUAUCGAUUGAUCUCACACUUCAACGAUUAUUUGAAUUUCAAGAAGGAUGCAAGAAAAGUGGAAAAUUAUCAGAUUCUCGCAAUGGAUAGAGGUGAGGAAAACGAAGUGCUUUCUUGGAAAGUAGAAGUCGCUUACGCGGAAAAAGAACAUCCCGGAAACAGUAUGCGGGUUGCCUCCUUACAUCAAGGAUUGUUUCAAACUGCACUCAGAGAUUCCAUAAAUCGACUUUUUAUUCCGAAAAUUCAACGAACCCUGCGACGUCUUCUUCUAGCACGUGCCGAAGAGGCAGCCAUCUCAUGCUUUGCCCACAAUUUGCGGCAUUUAUUCUGGCGUGAAGGAGUGAAGGCUGAGAGUUUCAUAGCUUUGGAUCCUGGUUACUCUGCCUGCAAAGCUGCUUUACUUACUUCUACAGGUUUGUUUCAGAAUGAAGAAGGGUUUCGUUUGAGUGAGAAUGAAGCAUUAAGAUAA